UUGAAUUUGUGUAUUUCUGAUUGUUUCAAUAAUUCUUAUCGACAAUAGACAUUUAAUAUUUGUUAGCUGAAUUGCACGAAACAAAAUAGAAUGGCUUAAGCUUGCACAUGAACUUUAUUCUCAUUGUAAUAAAGUAACUGUGCUGCUUAUACAGGGUACGUGAAUACCUGCGUUAAAUAUGCUUUUGAACGGUCAUAUUCAGUACAGAGCUUAUUCCAGUAUAGUACAAAAGUUUCAAACCCAAAAUAAAUCAGUAUAUAAUGGAAGGGAAUUUCAAGAUUUAAAUAUACCUGUUCCUUGGGGUCACCUUGCUGCAAGGUGGUGGGCGCCUUAUGAGGGUAGACCAAUAUUAGCCGUUCACGGGUGGCAAGUAAGCCAAAUCUCCGUAAAAGGUAGCUGCGUGGCUUUGGCUCGCUUAGUUUGCACGCGUACGUUGCGUAUUGUGGGUGUCAUUCAUAACCUGGACAUUUUGGAGCAUUUUGUGUUAUUUAUUGAUCUAAAGUUUGGAGUGUUUUUCUAUAUCUCAUUAUCAUGGAUGACGCUUCAUCAAGUGGACACGUUUGGAAAAAGGAAAAGGUGUUUGGCACUUAAGCAACAAGUGGAAGAUGCUGAAAAAACGGAAAAGAAGUCACCCUUGCAACAAAGAAGACUAAAAGGUUUGAUGUGGAAAUCGAAUGUGUAA